AUGAUUUAUAUUGAUAUUUACCUGCAAGUAAGAGAAGAUGAAAUAAAGCCUAACAGAGCAGUGAAGGAACUGGGAAUUCUUCUUGAUCAGAAGCAUACCUUCUGGCAGCACAUCCGGAACGCCGCUGAUAAGGCAGCUACGCAAACAGUAGCUCUUGCAAGACUGAUGGCGAAUAUUGGCGGCUCUAAGCAGGGCAAAAGGCGUCUGCUAAUGACGACAACUAUGUCAACAAUGCUAUACGAAACUGAAAUUUGGGCUGAUGCCCUAAAAGUCAAAAAAUACAGAAAUCGGAUAGCAGGAGUUCAACGUCUUCGAGCACUCCGGGUGAUCAUUUUUUACCGCACAGUGACGGAAGCUGGUCAUUGCCGGUACGAUUCUAAUUGA